AUGACUGCUUCUUCUGCUUCCAUAAUCAAUUCCUCGAUAUUCAUCCUCAUAGGGUUCCCUGGCUUGGAUCAGUGCUAUCCCUGGUUUUCAAUUCCCUUCUCCUCCAUCUAUGCCAUGGUCUUCCUGGGAAACUGCAUGGUGCUCUACGUGAUCUGGACUGAGCCAAGCCUGCACCAGCCCAUGUUCUAUUUUCUGGCUCUGUUGGCCCUCACUGACCUGUGCAUGGGGCUGUCCACAGUGCACACGGUGCUGGGGAUCCUGUGGGGGUUCAGCCAGGAGAUUGGUCUGGAUGCCUGCAUUGCACAGAUUUAUUUUGUCCAUUGUCUCUUCUGCACGGAGUCUGGAGUUCUUCUCGCCAUGGCUUUUGACCGCUUCACAGCUAUUUGCAAUCCUCUGAGGUAUACAUCAAUCCUGACUAAUAGUAGAGUCAUUCAUUUCGUGGUGACUAUUUUAAUGAGAAGCACUUUGUCCAUUCUUCCUGUCAUCAUUCGUUUGAAGUUUUUCCAUUACUGCCACCCCCACAAUCUCUCUCACUCUUUCUGUCUGCACCAGGACCUACUCUGGCUGGCCUCCUCUGACAUCCGCUUCAACAGCCUCUAUGCCCUGACUCUGGUGAUUUGUACCUUGUUGUUGGACGCUGUCCUUAUUCUCACGUCCUAUGUUUUCAUCUUGCGUACAGUGCUCUCAAUUGCAUCCUGGGAGGGGAGGCUCAAGUCUUUGCAGACCUGUGUUUCCCACAUCUGUGCUGUACUGGUUUUUUAUGUUCCCAUCAUUGGUCUCACCAUGGUACACCGCUUUGGAAAGCAUCUCUCUCCUUUAGUUCAUGUCCUUAUGGGCAGUAUCUAUAUUCUCUUCCCACCUCUGAUGAAUCCAGUCAUCUACAGUGUAAAGACCCAGCAGAUCCGAGGCAGGAUGAAGAAGUGGUUUUCCCUGAAAUUGUAG